CGUCACGUGACGCGGAGAAGCCCCAGGCCGGCUUCUCAGCCCGCCAUGUUGUGUGGGGCCCCCUGCCUGGGCUGAGCAGGGCCAGGCGCCCGCGAUGGCGGCCUCUUCCUCCUCCUCCUCCUCCUCGCCUUCCUCGUCCAGCAACUGGCUCUCGGGAGUGAACGUCGUGCUGGUGAUGGCCUACGGGAGCCUGGUCUUUGUCCUGCUGUUUAUUUUUGUCAAGAGACAGAUCAUGCGCUUCGCCAUGAAGUCCCGUCGCGGUCCCCACGUUCCGGUCGGUCAGCAUGCCCCUAAGGGUCUGAAGGAUGAGAUCGAAAUCCGGCUGUCCCGAGUCCAGGACAUCAAAUAUGAGCCUCAGCUUUUGGGUUACGACGAUGCCAGGCUACAGCAGCUUGAAUCCCCUAGAAGUUGCUAUAACUACAUCUACAGGAUGAAGGCGCUGGAUGCUGUCAGAGAGUCAGCAGAGAUCCCGUUUGUUUCUGAGGGGAGACACCCCAAAUCCUUAAUCGGGAAGAACUUCCGGUCAUACCUGGUGGACCUGCGGAACUCCAGCACCCCUUUCAAAGGUACCCGCAAGUCUCUGAUCGACACCUUGCUGGACGGCUACGACAACGCCCGUUACGGGACAGGGACGUUCGGCAAGACGGAAUAUCUGAAGUACCAAGACGCGUUGUACGAGCUGGCAGCCAUUAUUAAGUCCCGCAGCGGCAGCAGCCGGCAGCAGCACCAGUCGGCCGCCAAGGAUCUGACCCUCUCUCCGGACAUCUCGGGCCCCACCAUCCAGGUCACCUACCUGCCCUCCAGCCAGAAGAGCAAGCGGGCCAAGCACUUCCUGGAGCUGAAGAGCUUUAAGGACAACUACAACACCUUGGAGAGCACGCUGUGAUCCUUCCCUUCUCCUUCUCCUUCCCAGCUGCAGCCACACACAGCCGAGAGGGGCACUGCUCUGCUGGCCGAUGCCACCGGCUCUGCCUGUCGCCUGCCAGGACACCGAUGGCUAGAGGGCUGUCCUUCCGAUGUGAAUGUAGACCUUGUCGCGGAGGGGCGCAUCCCGAAUCCUCUGUUGAUGGUCCCCUCGUCCUCCGUGCUCAUCUCUGGACAAUCCUUGCAGCUUGUAAAUACUUCCUCCCUUGACCUGUUUAUUUCUACAUCCGCGGGGAUGCUCCCUCGUUCCUCUGCUGCCUGUCCAGGGAGGAGAGCGGCCCCAUCUUUAUUGUUUCUUAAAACCAGGAUCCUCCACCUGCACAGAGGAAAUCAAAAUCCACUUCCUGUCCCUCCUCCGUUCCACAUACACACCCACCCACCCUCCAAUUAUUUAUGAACCUUUUCGUCCCUAAAUUCUACUUUACUUUGCAUGGAGGUGCCCUGGCCUUCCACACGAGUCAGGGACCAGGGGUGGAUCUGCAGACCCGAGUGCGAGAGACGUUCAAGGUCUCGACCACCCACGGGGUGAGUAAACCUGGUGUUUGUUACUGAGUCAUUCCGGGGCCAUAUUCAGAAGGUCUCCCCUUUCCAUCAAGCGGGGACACAGUCCAGCCUCGAAGUCUUUUUUAAAUGGCUGUUUAAAUAAAAUGGACAUUGGCCCGGCCACAAGGUUCUA